UUUGCAGUAAAUCGAGCCACGUGAACAACACAGUAGUGUCACACUCUAGAUGGUUAGAGCAAGAACAAAACAACAGAAGCAUGGUCAUCAGACAACCGGCCAGCUGGUGAAUCAUUGCAGUGCAGUGCAGUGUGUGUGAGUAGUGAGUGGCUUGGAGGCAUAACUGCAGAUCGAGCCGGAGAGAGAGCGAGAGAAAGAGAGAGAGAGAGAGAGAGAGAGAGAGAGUGCUGUGCCUUGCGCAGUAGCUGCUGCAGCCCAAAGGUGGUGACUGUGUAGCUCACUCACGGAUAUGUCUUCAUUCUCGGUGGCGUGACUCGGUCUAGUGCCCAGCCCAGCCCAGCAUCUCGCAGCACCAGGAGCUAAGGAGCUAAGGAGCUAAGAAAGAGGAGGAGGAGGAGGAGGUGCAGCUGCAGCAGCAGCAGGAGGAGGAGGAGAAACUGGAGGGAAUAUCUAGAGUUUCUGGUUAGCUGGAGUUUGAUCUUCUUCCUCGCUAAGUAUUAUCUCAGAAGUCGAACAAACUUGUGUCGAUUGACUUGGGGGCCCUCGCGCAGUGUAACGUUUGAAAUCACCUUUUUGUCUACGAGACUUUACUCCAGGAGAGAACCGAGAUUUACGUUUCAUACUCGAGCGCAGCACACGCACGCCCGAGUUUUUGGCGCCUUCGGUCGAAGUUCGCGGGCUCUGUGGAUGCUCUGGGGUCCGAAAUUUUGAUCUGCUGAUGGAGGCGGGGGGAGCGAAUUAGACUAGGCUCCGAUCGAUGCUGAAGCCAGAGCGCAGCUGACGGACUCGCUCGUUCUUGGCGGCCUUCUUCUUCUUCUUCUUCGAGGCUUCGAGGCUUUCGAGCGUGGGAAUCAUGGAGAGCGAACUGUUCAGGGGUUUUGCGACUGGCUAGGCUUGCCUUGCCUUGCUCGCGGUGCCUGCAGCGAAUGCGAGGCCGCUGCUGAAGGAGUCGGUGCUGGUGGUGCACGACGAGGAUGAGGACGAUGAUGAUGGACAGACAUGGCGUCGAGGGCCUCGGCCUCGGGGCUGCAGAAUGCGGCCGCCUGUGAGCUGCCGGGCCCGACUUACUGACGAUUGUGCUCGAGGAUGAAUGUGCCUCGCGCGCUUGAUUAGGGUUCGAUCCGAAACUCUGCCUUCGAGGCCUCCCGCGCUCGGCCUUUCGCCGUUGACGUUGCCAACGUCGUGCAAUCGGGGCCUCGCCCAUGAAUCUCCGCGCGCAUUAGGCCACCGAUUUCGCAACUUCUUGUUCGUCGAGGUGCACGAAAAUUCCGCUCUUCUUCUUCAUCUUCUUCAUCAUCUUCUAUUUCAGAGUCAGAGGCAGGGACGAAGCCGGCGAGAGGGACUGUCAGCGCUACCCGAGCAGCGCACGAGAUCACAGGCCACCGGAUUCCGUCGCGUCCUCGGGCACGGCCUCGUCAAAUUCCGAUGCUCUGUUCGCUUCUGUGCGGAGAAUUUUAGAUUUUCCUCGAGUCGCUGGAGUCGACGAAGCAGUAUCGAGGUUCUGUAAUCCCGAGUUUCAGACAUUUCGGCGGGGGAGGCACAAUGGGGAGGGCUCCCGGUUCCGGAGGGGCUCCGGCCUUUCGCUUCACUGCCAGAGAGGUAUCAGAAAUGGAGAAGGCGUUGGAUGCAAACAAGGGUUCCACUCCCGCUCGUUCUGUCGUCCAGCAUCUUUCAGACAGCUUCAGCGCUAGUGCCGACCGAGCUGGUCAGAAGCCCAUACAGUGGAAACAAGUUUGGAACUGGUUUCAAAAUAGGCGGCAUUCUCAGAAAGCCAAAAUCGCACGGAGCCCUGACAAAGUAAAGGCAGUGACAGCCGCUGCGCCUGAACCGUCUCAUCCGAAAAGGGUUGCAACUACUUCAGCUGCAGUUCCCUCAGCUGCUGCCGGGAGAAGAGGAAAUGACGCUCAGAUGGAGUUCGAAGCAAAGUCAGCCAGAGAUGGCGCCUGGUAUGACGUCUCGACUUUCAUUUCUCACCGCCUGGCAACAACGGGCGAUCCAGAAGUUCGAGUGAGAUUUGCUGGCUUUGGGUCCGAGGAAGAUGAGUGGGUCAACGUACGAACUGCAGUGCGGCAACGGUCCCUUCCGUGUGAAGCUUCAGAAUGUGUAGCUGUGCUUCCAGGAGAUCUUAUACUCUGUUUUCAGGAGGGCAACGAGCAGGCUUUGUAUUAUGACGCAGAUAUAUUGGAUGUGCAGAGACGUCGACAUGACGUAAGGGGUUGUCGAUGUAGAUUCUGGGUUCGUUAUCGACAUGAUCAAGCAGAGGAGGUGGUUCCACUGCGUAAGGUUUGCCGAAGACCUGAAACAGAGUAUCGGCUACUGAAGCUGCAGUCUUACGGUAAGAAUCCUUCGGCAGAAGCAACGCAAAAUGCAGCACCGAAAGCCGAGGACACACCUGGUGCUGCGGGAAAUGAUGUGGCCGGUACGGGUCCGGCCAAUUCCUCCGAGGCUGUCGCUCAAGCAUCCGCUACCCCGACACCAGCAUCUACCACCAGUGCGCAAGCUGCGAUCGGAACGGAGGCUGUGCCAAGCUCAUCCGCCCCUGAGAUUGAUCCUCCUUCAGAUGCUGCCACACUAAGUGCAGGUCCUGCGGAAAUGGUCGUCACAAGCAGCAGCGUUCCUAUAGUUCCUGAGCAGAUUCUUCCUACUGUGCCCCCCCAGGUGGUAGAAGAAACGAAAGGAGCGGUUGAGAAAUCAGGUCAGCAGGUCGUAGAAAUCAGCGCUCCAUCGAUGCAGGCAGAGUCUGAGAUGUAUGAUCAAUCUGAGAGCAUAGUUGUGUUGGACAGAGUCGAUUUGGAAGGCAGUCGCAGUAAUGUGUAGCAAUGAUCUAUGGGUUAUCUAGGAAAGGGCGUUGGUUGUGCAGGCUAUAACACACCACUCCAAUUAAGAUACAGCACUUCCAGAAGCUCGGUCCAGGUAACGAAUGAGUGUACCAUCACUGAAGCAUUGGGCCCCUCUUUUUAGUUAAUGAGAUAUGUUGGGAAUCCAUUUGGCUUUCAACUGAUUUUGGCGUAGAAGGAGAAGAAGAAGAAAAGUCAACAUAGCACAAUAUUAAAUGCAAGCAGAAACCGAACGGGACCCAUGAUGAACGUGGGCUUUUGUAUAAUGACUGGCUUUCCCUCAACGUAAAAUGGAUUGUGUUCAAUGUCCGAAUAUGUUGUGGGGCAAGACUUCGCA